AUGAGUUUGGAAUUGGGCGCCCAUCCGAGUAACGUGCCGUUGGAUUUCAGCAACGGCCCGAACCGCGAGGACUCCGGGAGUCCGGAGGUGAACGUGGCCGAUUCGCCGAGCUCGAGCCCGCAGGGCGGCAGUAGCGCUUUUACCAUUGUAACGCCCAAAGGGAGAGAAGCUCUCGAAAGAUCACCUUUGCAAUUUUCCUCGCCUAGCGGUUUCGCCAAUUAUUGCAGAAAUGUGUGGAGUUCGCCAAUACUAUCCGGUAACGCUAGGUAUUUAUCCUCCUUCAGGACGAUUGAAGAAAACAUCAAAGAACAAUCACCUGAGCCGAUUAAAUUCGGCGUAAAUCGACUAGUAUCGAAAUUCGACGACGAAGAUGAGAACGUCAACAAUAACAACAACAACAACAACUACUCAAAAAUGUAUCACCCGAAAGAAGAAAGCUACUGCAGCGGCGACGAACGAUCGUCGCCCAAGUACCACCACACCAGCUGGGAGCGGCAAUCGGCGUCGUUGAAACCGUCCCCGAGCACGUCGCCCGAAUUGGAAGUGGACUCGCCGGCGCCCUCCCGCUCGAAUUCGCCCUUUCGACGGCCCUCGCCCGUCACCGAAAUCCAGAAAAUCGACCCGUCUAGCAAAAAAUCGGAGGCCUUCUCCGUCAGCGCCCUCCUGCGACCCGACAAUCCCAAGAAAGUCGACAAUCCCUGCGUCCAGGAAACCAUAUCGGUGACCAGGUCGUACAUCUACCCGCCCUUCAUGGACUUCGUCAGGGACGCGCAGCUGAAGUCAGCGCAAGAGUACACCUCGCAGCUCCUACCGAGACACCUGGCUCCGUCGGGAGCCUUUCCUUCGAACUAUAACCAACAGCGGGAAGGCGAGGAGCGCAGCUUCCUGCCCACGCCGACGUCGCUGUACUUCAGCGCCGUGGCGGCGGCGAUGGCGGCCGGCCAGACGCAGCACGGGUACCCGGCGCCGCCCACGCCCGAGGACCUCUACAGGCUGAGGCAUUUGAUGAGCAAUCCGCCGGCGGGCCACCCGUACCACCACCACUUCCUCAUGAGGCCCGGCCUGGUGCCCAUCGGGGACGUUUACUCCUGCAUCAAGUGCGAGAAGAUGUUCUCCACUCCGCACGGGCUGGAGGUGCACGCGAGGAGGUCGCACAACGGCAAGAGGCCGUUCGCCUGCGAGCUGUGCAACAAGACCUUCGGCCACGAAAUAAGCCUCAGCCAGCAUAGAGCCGUGCACAACGUGGAGAAGGUGUUCGAAUGUAAACAGUGCGGGAAAACGUUCAAGAGAUCGUCCACGUUAUCGACACACCUGCUGAUUCAUUCCGACACGAGGCCUUAUCCUUGUCAGUAUUGCGGCAAAAGGUUCCACCAAAAGUCGGAUAUGAAGAAGCAUACCUACAUUCACACGGGCGAGAAGCCCCACAAGUGCACCGUCUGCGGCAAGGCCUUCAGCCAAUCCUCGAACCUCAUCACCCACUCCCGGAAGCACACCGGCUUCAAGCCGUUCUCCUGCGACCUGUGCGGCCGCUCCUUCCAGCGCAAGGUCGACCUGCGCCGCCACAAGGAGACCCAGCACACCGAGCUGCGGCCGAUGGUCUCAUAG